AUGAGCGGCCAGACAAAAGUUAAGGGGGAAGAUAGAGAUGAUUUGGCUGACAGUUCCCAUAUUCUUUCUCUGGCGCGACGCAAUUUCAAUCAUAAUAAUGAAUGGGAAGAUCCCCGUGCGUAUUGCUCAUACAGUCAACUUCACAGUCACAUAAUACCACUGAGUCAACGAACUCCACGCUCUCUUAACGAAAAUUUCAGUGUGAAAAGCAAAUUACUUUCAAAAUGUCGUUAUGUAACUUCUGAGAGUGAAGAUGAUUCAAAUUUACUGAAGGUUGGUCUCCAGGCUGCAAUAAAAGCUAAUUUAGAUUAUAUCAUUGUUAUUAAUCCACGCGCAAUAAAUAUACAUGAAGAUUUGCUUACUAAAACCAUGGAGCUGCUAACUGACACAGGUAAACACUUUCAGGUUGAUAUUGUUCUAGGUGUUACAAAAAGAUGCUCAAAAAUUACCCAAUCUUCUGUCAAUAUUAAUUCCAUAAAAGUAAAUUCGUUCAAUGGUUUAUAUUUAUUGGGUUUAAAAGGUGGACAUUCUUCAUUAAUGUCUAAUAUCAGCUUACUUUGUGACAAUGUAACAUGGUCAUCUAUGUCAACUGCUGAUAGACUAUGGAAUAAUAUUUAUCACAAGCUGCCUACUUGGAAUUCAGUGUGUUUACGUGAAAGGUUAGAAGAGGUUGAUAUUGUUCUAGGUGUUACAAAAAGAUGCUCAAAAAUUACCCAAUCUUCUGUCAAUAUUAAUUCCAUAAAAGUAAAUUCGUUCAAUGGUUUAUAUUUAUUGGGUUUAAAAGGUGGACAUUCUUCAUUAAUGUCUAAUAUCAGCUUACUUUGUGACAAUGUAACAUGGUCAUCUAUGUCAACUGCUGAUAGACUAUGGAAUAAUAUUUAUCACAAGCUGCCUACUUGGAAUUCAGUGUGUUUACGUGAAAGGUUAGAAGAGGUAAAGAAAAAGAGUAUAAUACAUAUUAUCUCAUAA